AUGAUGGAAGGCUCAAAGAUUGCGAGCAGCAACCGGAGGUGCUCCCGGGAGUGCACUGUCGGCAUGGCAUCUCUUCUUUGGUGUCUCUCCCUCUCCACCGUCAUCAUCGGGUCGCUCGUAAGCCUCCAUUUUGCGAGAUCCCGACCGGGUAUCAUUCGGCCUCCCUACUCCUUUUCUUCAGGCAUCUGCACCAGCGACGAGGAGCUGACGCGGCGCACAUCGGAGGUAACAAGUAUAAAAUCAAUCACCGCCUCCAGCCUCUGCUUCGUCGGCUCGUUCGACGACCCCAGCAAGGCCGGCCGCGGCCGCUACAGCCCGCGGAUGCACCCCAUCGUCACCCUCGCGGACCGCCGCUACUUCCCGGUGUUCCGGGAGCACUGCCGCCCUCCCUGCUACGUCGACGAGCACUACCUGCCCACGCUGGUGACUAAGCUCUUCCCGGGACUCAACUCCAACAUGAGCCUCACAUGGGUCGACUGGUCUCGGGGUGGCGCACACCCUGCGACCUACCGGCGCAGGGAUGUCUCCGUGGGGCUGAUGGAGAGGACAAGGAAUGGCUACAGUAACAACACUACUGCAGAUAGCUGGCGCUGCGAAGCAUCUCAGGGACUUAAAAGUUGGUGA